AUGUUGCGAUUUAGAUUUGUCCGGUUUUUUGCCGACCCAUUUGGUACACCUGGCAACAUUGAGCAGACGUCGAAUACAUAUGUCAUGCCGGACGUAGAUGGCAGUAGCCUUGAUUUGAGCGAGGAUCACAAACGAUCCUGGAUCCAUGUUUUCACAAGAUGUCUACAAAUUAUGCUCGGAGUAAUUAUUUUUAUUCGAAUACAAUGGAUUACAGAGGAAGUGGGGCUAGGCAUGACAAUAGGGUUUAUACUUCUGGCGGCUUUGGUUUCAGUUUCAACAACCAUAACGAUAGCUGCAUUUUGUACAGAUCAAAGAGAUGGCUUUUUUGCCACAAUAUCGACAUACUGUAGUCCAGCCGUGUCCGCUGGACUUACAGUAGUCUACGUUGCGAGCAAUGUAAUUGCCUAUGCCUGUUUUGCGGUAGCUUUUGCUGAAACAAUGGUGUACUUUCUAAGAAAUUCUGGAUUUUAUAUGAUCGAUGGCUCAACAAACGAUAUGCGGAUAUUUUCGUCACUUUAUUGCAUCGCUGUGCUAGUGGUAGCCAUCAUACAUUCCAUGGAAAAUUUCCGAUUCCGUCUAAUUGUUCUUCUAAUGGUGGGAGUAGCUGUUCUGAUGCAAACAAUAGGUUUAAUGGUCCCCUCGUUGAUCCGAGAGAGAAGAUACAACGCAACAAGUGCUGUCUCUGAUUAUAACCCUUAUGGUAAGAACGCCAUGGGUUUCAUCGUUUACUUCCCAGCCGUGACCUGCAUUUUUGGUGGACUAGCUUUGGGUGGAAAUUUCACGAACAAAAAGAGGGACUUUUUUCGCGGAACAUGUCUAGCCCUACUCGUCGCAUCGUUGAUCUAUAUUCUGACAGCUGCUCUAGAAGCACAUUUCAUCGCUACUAGCCCACUUGUACUGACAGCAGCAACCACCCAAGUGAAGGAGAAAUCUGUGACUGUUCUGAAAUCACUUCCUGUCACUCUAAUUGCGUUAAUUUCAAUGUUCUAUUGUGGUUACACUGCCAUGAUUACGGCAGGCAGAACUGCCCAGGACAUGGGUAAAUGCGAAGGAUUGGCACCUGAGUGCGAGAAACUAACCAGACCAUAUGGGAAUGAUGGAAGUCCUCGCAAAGCAUAUGUUGUGUUUAGCAUAAUAGCUUUGCUAAUAAGCAUGCUCGCCGAUUUUAAUCGAGUUGCCAGUAUAAUGACGAUCUAUUACUUGAGUACUUACUGUCUACUUAACUACGUUGCUUUCAUGGCUUCCCUAACAGCCGAAAAACCAACAUUCCGCUACUUCAACCGAUGGAUAGCGUUACUGACCUCGCUUUUAUGUAUUCACUUGGUAUUGGCUGUUAGCUGGGAGCUCACAAAUGCCGCUAUUUUGACUUUUCUGAAGUUCUACAUAUUCACAAAGUGGAAGCAAUCGAGAGAAAAGGGAGAGGAAAAGGUAGCUGGCUCUUCUUACGUUACGGCUCUCGAUAGUUUGCGGCAUAUGACAAAGGAGAUGGAUCCUAUAUAUAAACCACAGGUACCUUAUUGUGAAGUAGUGAAAGUUCAACGAACGAGGCGCUUACGUCUGUCUUUGAGUAGGAACAUCAAGAAAAUUGCAGUGCUCACUACUUCCGAAGGAUGUGAUCUUGCUACUUUAAACACUGUGAUGUAUAUUUACGAUAUGGCUGAAUGUCCUAUGACUAGGAUGAAUGGAGAGGCUAUUGACAAUCUCUCGAUUGAUGCACACCCUGUUGAACAAGCUCUUGUAAUCAAAUACCACGUUGACGAUAGUAGAUCCCGACGAUCUUCCGAAUGUCAGAAGCUGAUAAACCUCAAAGAUCUCAAUGAGGAUGUGGAUAUUCGAUUGCUCACCAAUGUUGUGAUGGAAAAAUGCGCUCUUAUACCGGAAUCCAUGCGAGAAGAAGUGGAGCAGGUUUUAUACUAUCUACAAAAGAGAGCUACGGAUCGCUCUAGACGUUCGCGUAGCGCAUCGUCAGUCGGCUCACAGGAGUCAAACGCUGCUUCCCUUCCUAUACGAGCUGAAAUGGACCAAGUGGAUAAUUACAUCGAACUAUUUUACGAGGAGACGCCGGAGAAGAAUCGUGGUGCUCUUUGCAUCUUGGAACUGACUAAAACCACUGCUAAUCUGGAAGUUCUCAUAGAGAAUGAGACUCUAAUUGGAGCUUUGGCGCGUGUAUUCCGUGAAGACUGGAAGAAGAAUUUUGAUCUAGCUACCACCAUAGCUCGCAUUUUCGUGCAGUUCUCCUUUUACAAUCAAUUCCAAGCAGUUCUUUCGCAUCACAAGAUUGGAGCACUCUGCAUGAAUGCCAUGGAAUACGAGCUGAAGCGUGCUGACGUGUGGGCUGCAGAGGCUCAAAAUUCAGACGAGAAAACUGCUCGAAAGUGCCGGUUGGCUAUACGCAAGCAACAGGCUUUGCUAGCGGCAUGCAUAUCGCUUCUCACGAAUCUGGCUCAUGACAUCAGUGUGGAGUUAAAAAUGGUGCGACGUGAUAUUGUGCCAAUGCUCAUGAAGUGCUUGACUUUUCGUGACUCAGCGGAAUUGACCUUGGCCACUGUGCAGUUUCUCCUCAAGCUCAGCAUGUUCGAAGAGAACAAAACGGCUCUGGAACAAGGCGAUAUAGUAAGCAGAUUGUUGCAACUCUUCCCUAUUGGUGAUGUAGAGUUACGAAAAUCUACUAUACGUCUACUGUUCAACUUGUCGUUUGAUCCUAAAGCUCGUGCAAAGAUGGUUGCUGAGGGUUUGGUCGCACAUGUGGCUCCGCUUAUUGAAAACGAUGCUAAAGCAUUGAAUCUCCUUUACCAGCUGAGUAUAAAUGACGAUGCGAAGGCUAUGUUGACUUUCACCGAUGCCAUGCAACUGCUGAUGCGUGAUUUGCUUACUGGCAAUGGUAGUGAAGUGACAAAAGCUGUAUUGCUGAAUGCUUGUGCUGAAAAGAGGAAUGCGCAGCUGGUUUGCGGUCCAGACGGCCAAGGGCUCAAUCUUCUCUUGGAUGCAGCGCUAGAUGGUCGCGAUUUGAUGGUAGCCAAGAUUGUUCGCAGCAUCGCAUGUCACGAGGGACCAACACAAGAUAUGUUUGUGAGUGUAAUGCCUCGCCUUUUGGAGGCGGGCAUGAAAAAUUCAAUCAUGCCCGAGGACGAGAACGCAGCGUUGGGACUCGAAUUCAUUGCUACUGCAGCCGUUAUUAGAGUGGCCAAUUGGAGCAAUCUCUGCACAUCCCACGACCUUGUGAUGGAUGGGGGAACGACUAAAGACGCCCGCUGGUCAGAUCGAGCCGUUGCAACUCCAGGUUGUUAUAAUCUUCUCCAUUCUAUGCAAGAAGACGAUGAGUUUGUGGUGCAGUUGUUAUACUUGUUCCUGCAGCUGUUACGGCAUAGGGAAUUGGCAAAUCGCUUGAUGGGAGCUGAUUCAGCGUUGGGAGCCUACGUACUCGAUCUAAUGCACGAUAAGAAUCCAGCAAUACGAGAAAUGUGCGACAAUGCUCUUGUGAUUAUAGGAGAGCAUUCCCAAGAAUGGGCUCGUCGGAUCGCUGGCGAAAGAUUCCGUUGGCACAAUGCGCAGUGGUUGGAUACUAUCGAAGGCGGUAUCGCUUGCGAUGAAGGUGCAGUGAUGGAUGAUGAUUAUGUGCCUGGCAUGUUGUUCGAUGACCAAUUCGAUGAUGGCUUUGAUCUCAAUGUUGAUGAACCACUAUUUUGACUUAUUAUGUGCUUUCACUGAUUGUUUUUGCAAGUGAAUAGGUGUGCUUUGUUCAUUCAGUAGCUUGGCGGAGCCCCCUUUUUCUUUUUUGGAGUGGGUUAGUGACCAGUAUCGAAUUAAGGACAUGCGCCAAAAUCAUUGAACUGAUAUUUAUCGUCCUAAUCGUUGCGCAGUCUGCUUCGAAUUAUCCCUUUGAUAGAUGACACUUAUUCGAUUGCGUCAGCAUGCGCGCAAGAGUCAAAAUGUUGAGUCUUAUUGUCCUACUUUCCACGUCUCUAUGUAAUUAUUCAUUUCUCGAUUGUGGACUAGUCAUACCUGCCUUUCAAGAUGUGUUAACUGUUUGCAUAAUGAUAUCUGCACGAGUUAGAAGCUGAUCUCAAUGAAUCGUUUUGGAAC